AUGACCAAGUUCACCGCCGAAGACAACAAGAAGGUCAUUGCCGAGUACUUUGAGCAGUACUGGGGCAAGGGCAAUGUUGAUAUUGUUGACAAGCUCUGCGUGCCCGACUACCUGAUCCACUACCCGAUGCACGGCCCCAUCAAAGGCCGAGACGCAUCGAAGAAAAUGCUGAAUGACUUCCGCGCGUCGUUCCCCGACCUCACGUUCUGGGGUGUGGGCCCACUCAUCGCCGAGAACACUCCUGAGGGCGACUUUGUCGUUGGCCGUUGGGACGGAGGCGGCACUCACACUGGCCCGGCCUUUGCGGAUCUGGCCAUCGGGGAGCUCAAGACUGCAAACACUGGCAAGGCCAUCCGCUUCACAGGGACCACCGUAUUCCGCAUGGAGGGUGGUAAGAUUGUCGAGGAGAUGGGCGAGGAAGGCGCCCUCCGGGCAUGCUCGCAGCUUGGUCUGGUUGGAGACAUCCGCUGGACCUAG